AUCCAGACUCACCGAGUUCACCUCCAGGGCUGGAAGCACCUGGGAUUCCCCUCUCUUGGAAGGGCUUGGAGGGCACCAUCCAUGAGCUCUGCUGGGGUCCACCUGCUGCUGCUGAUGGGGUUGAUGUCCCAGAUCCCUAGAAGCGAAGGUGGGAAGGAGCCUCUCGCCCAUUUCUUGUACCAGUCGAAGAUGGAGUGUCAUUUCCUCAACGGGACGCAGCGGGUGCAAUUCCUGUACAGGUUUUUCUACGACCGGCAGGAGUUUGUCCGCUUCGACAGCAACCUUGGGAAGUUUGUGGCAGUCACUGAGUUGGGGCAAGUGUCUGCUGACACUUGGAACAGAGAUAAGGACAUCCUGCAGGAGGUGAGGGACCGUGUGGGCAUCUGCCGGUACAACUACGGGGUUCUCCAGAGACAUUCUGUGAUUGGACGGAGAGCCAAGCCCACCGUCACCAUCUCCCCGACCAAGAUGGACCCUGCUUCCCCCAACACCAUCCUCCUCUGCACCGCGACCGGCUUUUACCCCGUGGAGAUCGAGGGCCAGUGGCUGAAGAACGGGCGGCCGGAGGAAGAGGGCGUGGCCUUUGGGGAGGUGCUCCAGAAUGGAGACUGGACCUACCAGCUCCAGGUGAUGCUGGAGACCCAGCCCCAGUGGGGGGACAUCUACGCUUGCAAGGUGGGGCAUGCCAGCCUGGAGGCCCCCAUCACUGUCCAGUGGGAGCCCCAUUCCUCCAACUCUGCCAGGAGCAAACUCUGGACGGGGAUCAUGGGAGCCGUGAUAGGCGUGAUCUUUCUGGCUGUGGGGCUCUUCUCCUACCUGAAGAGCAAGAAAGCAACUCCCAUCCAACCGCCUGCAGCACUCAUGAGUUAAUCCCGCCAUCCCUUCCUGCUAUCAGGUGCAGAAGAAUGUUUUUGAGUAGCUGGUGAAUUUUUGCCUUUUUUUUUUUUUUUGGCAACUCUUGAAGAAUAGAAGUACAAAAUGGCGGAUCGAGGAGAGGAGGAGGAUCGCAGCCUGGACCUUCUCCUGCUGAGACAAACACCCCCCUCAGCAUCCUUCCAUUCAGGAUCUCUCUUUCUUUUAAGAUGGGAGGGGGACAGAGAGGGGAUGGAGACCAUCUAGUCUGCCCCCAGGAACCCUUGGCCUGCCUGUCACUCCAGGCCCCCCCAAUCUCUCCUGCUCAGCAGAGACCAGAGGUGAUAUUCACUUAUGUUCGCUACCUUUUUGCAAAUGUGAGCGUGUGCGCAGGGCCUUCCGCGCAGUGGUGA